AAAUUCGUCAACUUACUGUCGAGUAUCUAAUUGUUUGUAUAUUAAAGAAGUAAAUAUAUAAUUAAAAAGUAAAUGAUGUAAGUAACCAAUAAGCGUCAUCCAAUUAUUAUUGCCGUUGAUUUUACGUUUACUUUUGUAGUUUCGGUAUUCGGUCGUACAUAAAUGGGAGAUAAAAUCAUUCGCACUCGCGCCAGCAGCGUGCGUUGACUUUUACGAACAGCGCAUGAUUUAUUACAUAGAGAAAUAUAUAAUACAUAUAAAAUAUAUUAACAGUAAUUAAUUAUUCUUAAUUACGAGACAAUUUUUUAAAGUAUUCACUAUAUUUUGUGUUGUGUAUGGAUUUAUUAUUAGGACUUUUAAAACACAAUAAUGUCUAAAGCAAACGAAGUAAGGGUAUCCCAAUGGUAUUUUGGGGGAUUGGCUUCAGCAGGUGCCGCAUGCAUAACUCAUCCUCUGGACCUACUCAAAGUACAAAUGCAAACACAACAGGGAAAAAAUAUUUCAAUGAUUAAACUCACUGGAGUUGUGAUAAAAAAUCAAGGUGUAUUGGGACUAUAUAAUGGGAUAUCAGCAUCUUUAUUAAGACAGCUCACAUAUUCAACGGCUAGAUUUGGUAUAUAUGAAAUGGCAAAACAGCAAUUUGCACCCAAGGAUGGAAGCGCUAUACCAUUUUAUAUGUCUGCAUUCUUGGCAGGCUUAGGUGGAUUUGCUGGAGGGUUUGUAGGGAACCCAGCUGAUUUAGUCAAUGUACGAAUGCAAAAUGAUGUUAAGUUACCUCCUGAACAAAGAAGAAACUACAAAAAUGCCCUACAUGGUCUUUGGCGAGUAGCUGCCAGUGAGGGUGUGGUCCGCUUGUGGGCUGGCGCCACGAUGACUUGCAGUCGGGCUGUGCUCAUGACUAUUGGUCAACUCUCCUUCUAUGAUCAAAUCAAGGCUAUACUGCUUAACAGCCCAUAUUUUGAAGAUAAUGUUAUUACACAUGUAACCUCAAGUUUACUAGCUGGCGCUAUAGCAACGACAUUAACACAACCUGUAGAUGUUCUGAAAACCAGAGCAAUGAAUGCCAAACCCGGUGAGGUAACAAGUAUGCUGCAACUCAUCAAAAGCACUGCUAAAGAAAAUCCUUUAGCAUUCUUUAAAGGUUACAUUCCAGCCUUUGCGAGGCUUGCACCCCACACAAUACUCACUUUUGUGUUUUUAGAACAACUAAGAAUUAAUUUUGGCAAAGUUAAAAAGGAACAGUAGCUACUUUUAACUGAAUAAGUAGUUACAAACCAACAUUACUUCAUUAGAUGUUUAUUUUUGUUAUAGAUAUACAUCCGAAUUUUAAGCAAUGUACUACAAGUACUAAGUGGGUAUUAUUAAUAUUGGUUGUUUCCUGGUCAUACCAUAUUUUGUAUUAUUUUUGCAGU